AUGUCUUCUUCAUUCCCCUCCCUCCCUCAAGAGUUGCUAAUCCAGAUCAUGAUCUGUCUCGACAGUCAUUCCAUCCUUCACAUGGCGCUUAGCUGCCGUUCUUUUCACGAGGCCUUCCGAGAGUCAAAACGCAUCCGUUAUAUCUACGAGCUCGGAAUGAACUCUUUGCAGGACGCUGGAUCGGGCAAGCCGACUGAUGAGCUGCUUGGCCUCCUGCGAGAUCGGCAGAAGGCAUGGGCAACCCUCGAAUGGAAGAGUGUCCUGCAGAUUCCGCCAACCCACGAUCGCUUUGAAAAAUCUGCUGGGAUAUUGGCGGGGCUCCAUGUGGACGGUAUUCGAGUCGUCUAUCUACCGUCUUCCACCCAGCGUGUUCGUACCAUCCACCACUCGAUUCACGACAUGCCCUUCUUCAACCAUUUUGCCAUCGACGCUAAUCAGGAUCUGAUCAUUCUGGUGGAAAUUGUACCAUUGUCGAACAAACGACGUAUCGGUCUUCAUUGCCGCACAAUCUCGACGAACGAAGCCCAUCCUAAUGCAAGCUCUGGCGGUAUCCUCGAAAUCGAAAUACGUAAGGAGGCAUAUGCCGUAGCGCUAUUCUCGAUGAAAGUUUGGCUUGCGGACAAUGUUGUGGCAUCUUGUGGGGCGUGGAACGGGAAAUUCAUACUUCUACUUUGGAAUUGGACUACAGGCCUGCUUCUCUUCAAUUCUUGCGAGGAUGUGCUGCCAUGCCCUUCCCUCGACAUUGAACUCCAGUUCGACUUCCUCCGGCAGGACGCAUUUCUCCUGGCGGAAGCCUGGAGCGGCCAAAUCUUCAUCUACCGAUUCUCCCCUACGACCCCCGGAAUACCCGUACACGUCGCCUCGUUUGGGCUCCCACCCACUGCACCGCUGGCCGACGCGUCGUAUACACGGGUCAUUUCGGGGCAAUUCCAGCCACGGCCUACGCCAGGGAUGCCCUUCAUGCACUUGCCUGAGUCCCGGGUGCACACCUUUUUCAUUAACUACCUCCAUAUAGCCUAUUUGUUAUUUGUCCGGAGUUCGACGUUCCUAAGGUACGUGGAUGCAACUGGUGUCAGUGAAGCACAGGACGUGCCAUGGGAAGUGUGGGGUGAAAGGGAGAGUCGGUUUAUGGAAGUGGACACUGAGGGUGGAAGGAACAUUAAUGGAAGCGAUGCUAUCAACGCUCAUGGAAGCCGUGUUAUCCACGGAUUUCCCGAUAGAACCACCAUCGAGGUGCUAGAUUUCUCCAGCACUCAGGCACGUCUCGCCUCUCCUGUCUGCACGCGAUAUGGAUCAGACAAUCCUACCAUUGUGCCGCGUAAAGAGGUAUUCACCCAAGACGUCGUGACUCGCCUCCCAUAUUGGGCAGUCUCGAGGGCGAUGGAGGGAGAACCAGACGCAUACAUGAUCGACGAGGAACGCAUUAUCGUUUUCGAUAGAUCCGACACUAGUGACAUACGAGUAUAUUCCCUCUGA